AUGCCUCAAACAACACCAGCACACCAAGACAUGGCACACAAAGAGGUCAAUAGCCUCGUGCUGCGUGCACAUCUCGAAAGCUUGCCACAGGAACUCUACGACAUUAUCUACGAUCUCACAUUCGCCGCCAAACCUGGCGUCCGUCAACUCGGAACUAUCGCGAAUCGACUCCACUUCGCCACGCCACCGACAGAUCCAUGCCCGACUCUGCUGGGAAUAGAUCGUCGGUCCAGAGCCAAGUUUGCGAAGUCGUAUGACGGCGAUGGUGCCGUCUUCGUGGUGUAUGGAAACCGCACACUCGAGCAAUGGCUUGGAUCACUGCCCGAUGCUCACCGCGACAUGAUCGCUGAUAUCCGCUACAUCUGUGCACGAGCAGAGCCGGCUCAUGAACAUAGCCCAAACUAUCGUUCGCUGCAGAUAUAUUAUGACUGCUUGCGUAGAGCGGGCCAAACAGACAAUGCGUUCCUCCGGAAAAUUCACAUUGGACGCGAGACUGAGAUUACACGAGACCUCGAAGGUUAUACAAGUGUAUCGCUCGAGGAAGCUAGGCAGGGUCGGGAGUGGGGAGCGUUACGUCCAGCAUAG